AACAAAUGCAAGAAUACCGGCAGCCAGCGUAAACUUUGACAGCAUGGCAGACGACGAAUGGGCGGACUUAGAGAAUUAUCGUCUCGAUUUGACAGCUAAGGAUGGCCCCGAUGGACUGGACUUUGCCCUGUUGGAACUUGGGUCAACGGGUCAGGUGACAGCAGUACUGAGGGGUGACCCCAAGGCCGGUCCAGCUCCACUGUCCACGUUGCCGAAUGGCUUGCCACCAGUGCUUCAAGACCUGAAGCUGAAGACGCUCCAGUUCCUGGACAGACCAGAGAAACUCCCCAUCCAUGAUGUCAAGACAGCUCAGAGGUUUUGGCCCCGUACAUCUGACCCAUGCAGCCUGUACGAGGUACGAUUAUGCCCCGUACAGACCACACUAGAGAUGGAGAGACAUCCAACUACGGGGGAGCUGACCGGCUUCAGAGAAGUUAAGAUAGAGGACACGGCCGCCACGGCCAAGAACUCCCUCUCCCUACGUCGCCAGCCGGGACCGCCCACCCAAUCAGUGCGUGGCAGCUCUACAAACUUCCCCUUCUGGCCAGGAGGCAUGGAUGAGCCAUCAGCGGAGAUCAUCGGUGCUCGAGGGGAGGACGAAGAGGAGAUUAACUUUGAGAACGAUCUUCUCUCGACUCCCCCGGGGCUAGCCACUGGCAUGACAUUCGAGAGCAAGCCCCCUGCCAUCAUCGCAAACAAACCCGACCAGCCGCCACCCAACGAAACUCCUCCCACUGCACCGGCAUCCCACAUCCUGAAACUGACGGAUCUCAUGAUCGUCGACGAUGGCGAUGAAUUUGCCUUCUCUGACAAGGAGGAGGAGGGGGACUUGGAAGAAAUCGAUGAUGCGGGUGUGGCAGGGGAAGGCGGGGACUUGAAAAAAGAGGCAGAUGAAUUGAGCAAGGAAGCGGCGGAGAAUUUAGAGAAGAUGUUGCCCCAGGAGAUGACAGUUGCCAAGCAACGGAAGGAGGAGAAGGCAGAGCCAACCAAGGAGCAGUGGGCAGUCAGUGUGGAUGUUUCCACUCCAGUGAGCGACUUCCACCGACGGGUACCAGCUCCAGCAAAAGAGUGGCCGUUUGAGCUGGAUGUCUUUCAGAAGCAGGCUGUCAUCCAUUUGGAGAACCACGACUGCGUAUUCGUUGCAGCCCACACCUCAGCCGGUAAAACAGUGGUCGCCGAGUAUGCUAUUGCACUGUCGCUCAAGCAUCUCACCAAAACCGUCUAUACUUCACCGAUCAAGGCCCUGUCCAAUCAGAAGUUCCGGGACUUCAAGGAGACCUUCAGCGGGGACGUGGGUCUUCUGACGGGAGACGUCCAGAUCAAGACAGAUUCCUCAUGCCUGAUCAUGACCACGGAGAUCCUGAGGUCAAUGCUGUACAGUGGCUCCGAUAUCAUACGGGACUUGGAGUGGGUGAUUUUCGACGAGGUCCACUAUAUUAACGACUCAGAGAGAGGCGUGGUGUGGGAGGAGGUCCUGAUCAUGCUACCCGCCCACGUGAAAAUUAUUCUGCUCAGCGCGACGGUGCCAAAUACGCUGGAGUUUGCCGAUUGGGUCGGACGAAUCAAAAGGAGAAAGAUCUAUGUAAUUAGCACUUUGAAACGACCUGUCCCUUUGGAACACUAUCUCUACACGGGAAACAGUACCAAGUCAAGCAACGAGCUAUUCAUGAUUGUAGACUCCACCAAGAAAUUUUUGACUUCAGGAUACCACAAAGCCGUUGAUGCCAAGAAGGAACGGGAGAGCAAGGCAUCUGCUUCGUUCGGAGCCAAAGGCCCCAGGCAGGGCCCCCCGAAAGGGGAUAAAGGUGUGUACCUGUCCGUGGUGGACAUGCUGCGCAAGAGGGACCAGCUGCCCGUGGUGGCGUUCACACUCUCCAAGAAGCGCUGUGACGAGAACGCCAGCAUGCUGACGACCCUCGACCUCACCACUACCAACGAGAAGAGCCAGAUCCACGUCUUCAUGCAGAAGUGCGUGGAGCGGCUGAAAGGGAGUGACCGCAUGCUGCCUCAGGUUCUUCACAUGCGAGAUUUGUUGAAGCGAGGGAUCGGCAUUCAUCACAGCGGGAUUUUACCUAUCCUCAAGGAGAUGAUUGAGAUGCUUUUCCAACGAGGCUUGGUCAAACUGCUGUUUGCCACGGAGACUUUCGCUAUGGGCGUCAACAUGCCGGCCAGGACGGUCAUCUUUGACUCCACUCGCAAGUUUGAUGGCACGGGCAUGCGGACACUUCUGGCUGGGGAGUACAUCCAGAUGGCUGGCCGGGCAGGCCGGCGUGGGCUGGACACCACGGGUAUGGUCAUCGUACUGUGCAAAGGAGAUGUGCCGGAAUCAUCAGAGCUGCACAAGAUGAUGUUGGGCAAGCCCACCCAGCUGGAGUCCCAGUUCCGGCUGACCUACACCAUGAUCCUCAACCUCCUCUGUGUGGAGGAGCUGCGGGUGGAGGACAUGAUGAAGCACAGCUUCUCCGAGUCCAGCACCAGGAAGGACACCAAGGAGUACGAGGCCAAGCUGCGAGCAGUCCAGGAGGAGAUGGGUCAGGUCAGGGAGCUGAACUGCUACCUGUGCCAUGAGGACCUGGAGCAGUACUACCAGACCUGCAAGCAACUGCAGAAGCUGAGGCUAGGACUCAGGAAAAUGAUUGCAUCUCAUCCAUUGGGAGUGAAGGCCCUCUCCUCGGGACGAGUCGUUGUUGUUUGCACCAAGCAGAAUCGCAAUGCUCUGGGUGUCAUUCUCAGCUCCUCAACAGCCAGCAAAGAGAGAACAUUCAAAACCCUAGUCCUGUGCAAUCAGCAAGAUCCUGGUACCGGGAGCUCAGCAGUGAAUCCAGGCAACAGUUUUCACGUGGAGCCUCUGCGCAAGGAGCCCCUGUUCCAGCCAGAAGGGCCCUGCGGUCACACGGUGCUAGACCUGGUCGGAGAGCAAAUUGGGACUGUCACAACACUGACCAUAAAGAUUGCCAGCGACCGGAUCGCAGACGAUUUCAAGAAGCGGCAGAUGCCCAGAUUCAGGGACAAUCCCCCGGGACAGUCCACCAGCAUCGCCACCCAGGAGCUGCUCCGGAUCACCGAGGCCAACCCUGACGGUCUGCCCUCCCUAGAUCCCGUCAAAGACCUGCACCUGCGAGAGCUGGACCAAGUGGAGAAAUUCCAAGAGCAAGCCACCCUAGAAUCUCUCUUGGACCAGUAUGGCUGUCUCAACUGCCCCAACUUCCUGGAACAUUUUGGUAUGAUGUGUCACCGCAUGAAGCUCAAGGAGGAUUUCAACCAUCUCCGAUACUUACUUUCUGAUCAAAGCCUGCAUCUACUGCCAGAGUACCAUCAAAGGAUACAGGUGCUGCAGCACCUGCGUCACAUCGAUACCUCCCACACCAUCCAGCUGAAGGGCCGGGUGGCGCGGGAGAUGAGCAACCAUGAGCUGAUCCUGACGGAACUGGUGUUCCAGAGCCUGCUGAGUGGGCUGCCGCCAGCCGAGAUUGCCGCUCUGCUGUCCUGCAUGGUGUUCCAAGAGAAACGCUGCAGCGAGCCCGAGCUGACGCCGUCCUUGAAAGAGGGAGUGACCAAGAUCAAAGCGGAGGCGAAGCGUCUCGCCAAGAUCCAGUACGAGUGUGGUAUGAAUCUCUCCACAGAGGACUACGUUGAGCAGUUCCGCUUCGGCCUGACCCAAGUGGUGUACGAAUGGGCUAGAGGAAUGCCGUUUGCCGAUAUCACCAACCUGACGGAUGUCUCAGAGGGCAUCAUCGUACGGACCAUCCAGCGACUGGACGAGGUCUGUCGCGAUGUCCGCAGUGCGGCCCGCAUCGUGGGCGACCCCAGCCUCUUCCAGAAGAUGGAAGAAGCCUCACAGCUGAUCAAGAGAGACAUUGUGUUUGCUGCCAGCCUCUACACACAGUAGCAUCUCAAACCCCAAAGUCUGAAGAAUUUACAGUUAAGAUUACCAGAACUAAAGAAAGUUCAAAAUCCCCCUCCUUCCACCACAACAGCGCACCUGGUAAAGGAUGCCCUGUCCCCAUUAAGUUUUCACAGCUUGUGAAUUUCCCAACAAAUUCUGGUAAGACAUCCUCCUUCUCUAAUUUUAAGCGUGGUGAGAUGAAAUGAAGAUGAACUCAUUUUCCCCAAUUUGAUAAUUUAAUUAAUAUAUACAUUUAACACAGAGGAAUUGGUCUGGCUGAAAGCAUUGGCCUAGUCAUGUGUAAUGAAAUGUUUGCAACAAAAAUGUAAGCUUUAUUUUAAUGAAAUUAAUAAGACUGCUGAUUUUGGCCUUUUUUUAAAAGUACUUCUGAGAAGUCCAAUUUGCUUUCAGUGCAAGAUCAAGUAAAUGAAUACUCAGCGAUCUCAGAUAUUAUUUUAUUUUCAUCAGUGAGAAUUUCUUUGCAGUGAAUGCAGGAAUAAAUUUUGACUGGAUCAUUUCU